GCGCGAGCUGGUUUUACCCAGAAGGCGGCGCGAGGACGGUGCGUGCGAGGAGCAUCGAGUUUGACGGCGGCCGAGGAGCGAGCGAGGCAGCGGUAGACACAGUGACAUGCCCCCUAAGAAAUCGUCCAACCAACCCAGCAAGAAGACCGAGCAGAAGAAGAAGGAGAAGGUUAUAGAGGACAAGACAUUUGGACUGAAGAACAAAAAAGGAGCAAAACAGCAGAAAUACAUCAAAACUGUCACAAAUCAAGUCAAGCAUGGACAAACUGGUGGAAAACAGAUACCUUUUGGUGAUGAAAAGAAAUCUAAGAAGGAUGAUAAAAAGAAAGAACUCCAAGAGCUUAAUGAACUUUUUAAACCCGUCGUAGUUGCUCAGAAGAUCAGCAAAGGAGCUGAUCCCAAAUCUGUGGUCUGUGCUUUUUUCAAACAAGGGCAAUGUACCAAAGGUGACAAAUGCAAGUUUUCACAUGACAUGUCCCUUGAAAGAAAGAGUGAAAAGCGCAGUAUAUAUGUAGAUGCCAGGGAUGAGGAUCUUGAAAAGGACACAAUGGAUAAUUGGGAUGUGAAAAAACUGGAAGAAGUAGUCCAAAAAAAACACGGUGAGGCAGAGCAGAAGAAAACAUCAAUAGUAUGUAAGCAUUUUCUUGAAGCCAUUGAGAAUAACAAGUACGGCUGGUUCUGGAUUUGUCCUGGAGGAGGAGAUAGUUGUAUGUACCGUCAUGCCUUGCCACCGGGCUUUGUGCUGAAGAAAAACCAAAAGAAAGAAAUACAAGAGGAGAUUUCAUUAGAAGAUUUAAUAGAAACAGAGAGAGCAGCUUUGGGACCAGAAGUAACUAGAAUCACUCUUGAAACCUUCUUGGAAUGGAAGAAAAGGAAGAGACUUGAGAAAAUUGAAAAAUCUCAGCAAGACCUAGAAAAGAGGAAAGCAGAUUUCAAUGCCGGCAAAGCUUUUGGUGUGAGUGGACGUGAGGUCUUUGAAUUCCGACCUGAAUUGAUCAGUGCCGAUGAUGAUGAAGCAGAUGACACCCAGUAUUCUCAGGAACAAAAUGAAGAGGUCGAAGAGGCAGCACAGAUCAGUGACAUUGAUGUUUCCCGAUUUGUGCCAAUAGAAAUAGAGAAGACUGGCAUUACGGUUUCAACUGGAUUUGAUCGGAAGGGAGAAACACAUUCUGCAAGUUUACCUAAAGAAAUGUCAAAUGAUGCAGAUGAAAAUAAAUUAGAUGAGGCCUCGGGAGGAGUUGAUAAUGGAAAAGAUGGUAAACUAGAUGGAGAAUUAGCAGAUGCUCAUAUUGAUGGUGUCCCAGUAGAUGAAAAUCUCUUUACUGGAGAAGAUCUUGAUGAGCUAGAUGAUGAAUUAGACAAUUUGGAUUUGGAAGAUUAAGGAACAUGGAGACAAGCAUGUUGAACAUAGACUUGGAGAUUCAAAAGACUUCAUGUAAAAGAAAUCAGUCCGAUGUUUAUUUAAUGUUUGAUCCUAUAGACCUCUCCUGUGCUGCUUAUGAAAAAAUGCAGAAUUUGGUAAUAUGGCCUUUGCCAUGAUUGUAAUGUUUCCUGUAAACUGCCGGUAGUGGAAAUCAGCCUUUCAAAAUUGUCCAAAAUUUCUGUGCCAAUAUUCUCUAACAUUGUCAGCUAUGAUAAUGAAGGUCAGUAUUGCCACAUUUUGCGCUGUUGAGCUGCAAUCAUUAAAAUCAAAUAUGUGAUCUAUUUAAAGAACAAUAUCCCCUUGAAACUAUGUGCUUCAGCUCAUUUCGGGUAAGAAUGAUGUAGAGCCAUCUGAACAUCGGAUUUGAGACUGCAUACUUAAAAGGAGAGUGGAAUAAAGUUAACCAUUCUGAUUAAGUUAUUCUAUAGAUCAUUACAUGGAGCACAGUGUUAAAUCCAUUGUCACAUUACAGAGUGUAUCAAGCACCACUGCCAAAUCCAUGAUUUACAAUUUUACAAAGAUACUGAAUAUGAAAUUGGCAGUGUUAAAUAUCAAGUCAAUUGAAAUGAAUAAUGCGAGUGUCUAAUUUUAAAAUAUUCAAACCAUUCAUGUCUGUGCAGGUUGUAAAUAAAGUGUAUUUGAAGAAAAA